AUGUCCACCACCAAUCCCCCCAAAGCCCUCCUUACCGACGUCUUUGGCACCGUGGUCGACUGGCGCUCAACCGUGACCAAGUACUUAACCAUCUCGGCCUCGGAAGCCCUCAAUUCCCCCACUGCUUCCAUUCCCAGCGGCGUGCGCGCUGCGGCGGCACAGAUUUCCUGGGGUGACAUCGCCAUGGAGUGGCGCAUCUCCUACUACAACUUCACGCGGACGUACGACCCCGCCGAGGCGCAGAGGGACCCGUCCAAGUUCAAGACGGUGGACCAGCACCACGUCGAGGCGCUGCACAAGAUCCUGGUCGAUCACAGCCUCGAGGGCCUGUGGACGGACGAAGAGGUGCAGAAGAUGAGCCUGAUCUGGCACUUCCUGGACCCGUGGCCCGACUCGUCGCCGGGCCUGGCCAAGCUGAACAGCCGCUUCGAGACGGCCACCCUCAGCAACGGCAACACGGCCCUGCUGCAGGACCUGGCCAAGCACGGCAACCUACCCUACAAACAUGUCCUGUCCGGCGAGGACUUUGGCGCCUACAAGCCCCAUCCCAGCGUCUACCUCGGCGCGGCCAAGAGGCUGGGUCUGGAUCCCGGUGAGUGUGCGCUCGUGGCCGCCCACCUGGGCGACCUCAAAGCCGCCAGGGCCUGUGGCUAUCAGACCAUCUACAUCGACCGGCCGCAAGAAGAGAGUUGGUCCAAGGACGAGAAGGAACAGGCCAGGCAUCAGGGCUGGGUGGACAUGUGGAUCGGCCUCGACGACGGAGGCUUCCUGGAGAUUGCCAGGAGGUUUGGCAUUCAGUAA